GCAACAAGAAGUUUAUGCCGAGCCUGUGCAGUGACGCCCACGGCUUCCGGCGCUGCAACGUUUAGGGGACGGGCUUUUGUGAGAAACCUAAUGCUAUAGUCUUAUUCACAAAGGGCUCUUGCGCUGAAUUUCUGACGCAGCCGUGGCACUUUGCCUUGACUGGUUGGUGUUUCCAACGUAGGGGUUGCGAAACCGACGGAGCAGCUGUCAGUCAAAGGACAUUUAAAUGGCAACACUGUAAAACACAGCAAUACAUACUGUACUGUAAAUUCAAAACCGAUACAGUAUUCAUUUCUCGUACUAAUUUAGUCUGUCCUGCGUUAGCACUACACCAGACUUGUUAAAGUGUGAUAUUAUUCGUUAAGGUUGUUUUUAAGCAUACGUGAUAUUUUAAAAAAGAAAUGACCGACGAAGAGGAAGAAUCGUUACAGAGAACCAAACGCAGGUUUGAAGAUUUCUGCAGGAACCUAAACAUGGACGAGGCCGCUAGCAGCGAAGCCUGGGACAGUUACGAAAGCAUUAGCGAGAACUAUACCCUGGAGGGUAGUGAGCUGCACUGGCUCGCGUGUGCCUUGUAUGUUGCAUGCAGAAAGGCAGUCCCAACAGUAAGCAAGGGCACAGUUGAAGGGAACUAUGUGUCUUUAACGAGAAUCCUACGCUUCUCUGAACAGAGCUUGAUUGAGUUUUUCAGUAAGAUGAGGAAAUGGGAAGACAUGGCAGGUCUCUCCCAGGAAUUCCGCGAGCGCACUGAGAAGCUGGAGCGGGACUUCACUGUGUCUGCAGCGCUUUACAAGAAGUACCUCCCCAUAUUCCAGGAUGUGUUCCGAGAUUCCCAGGAGGAUCCGCCCAGACAGCAGCGGAGUCGGAAACAAAGGCGUCAGCCCUGCACAGUGUCUGAACUUUUUAACUUUUGCUGGAUCCUGUUUGUACAUGCUAAAGGGAACUUCCCUAUGAUCAGUGAUGACCUAGUGAACUCCUACCAUCUCCUGCUGUGUGCAUUGGAUCUGGUGUACGGGACCACUCUGCUCUGCACCAAUCGGAAGGAUCUGCUGAAUCCCAGCUUUAAAGGGCUCCCUGAAGACCUUCACAGUAAGGACUAUAAGGCUCCCUCAGAAGCGGUGUGCAUCAUUGAGCAGCUGUGUAGUCUGCAUGACGGCUUGGUGUUGGAGGCUAAAGGGAUUAAAGAGCACUUCUGGAAACCUUUCAUCAAAAAACUGUUUAAUAAAAAGAUUUUAAAAGGAAAGGAAGAAAAUCUUUCAGGAUUCUUAGAUCCAGGAAACUUUGGAGAUAGUUUCAAAGCUCUAAACCGGGCCUACGAGGAGUAUGUGCUGUCGGUGGGGAGUUUAGAUGAGAGGAUAUUCCUAGGAGAAGAGGCCAAUGAGGAGAUAGGAACCCCCGGCACGUACAGGCACUCCGCCUUGGACAUGGACCCCACGGAGCGCGGUCAGGGUAGACACGGCCUCCAGCCACAUCUCCACAAGUCUAAGGCCCUCCGAGUCUCAACACCACUUACCGGCCGCCGAUACAUAAAGGAGAGCAACAUUUCCCAAACCCCGGUUUCCACGGCAACGCAGAGCGUGGGCCGCCUACACAGCAUCCUGACAGGACUGAAACAGGGGCCCAGUGAAACCCUGCUGCAGACUCUCAGAACGUGUUCAAGAGACCCUUCUCAGUCCAUCGCUGUCAGACUGAAGGAAAUGUUUGAAGUAUUCUGCCAACAUUAUAGCACAUCUAGUGAGGAGUAUUCAGGUCUUUCAAAAGACAUUGCUGUGAAACGCUUCCGUCUGGCAGAAGUGCUUUACUAUAAAAUCCUGGAAGGGGUCAUUAAUCAAGAAAAGAAGAGGUUAGGGGACACAGACCUGUCUGGGAUCCUGGAGCAGGACGUAUUCCACAGGUCCCUCCUCGCCUGCUGCCUUGAGAUUGUCAUCUUCUCAUACAGCCCCCCGGGAGACUUCCCUUGGGUCAUUGAAAUCUUUGACCUGCCACCAUAUCACUUCUAUAAGGUGAUCGAGGUCCUGAUCCGCACGGAGGACGGGCUCAUCAGAGAGGUGGUGAAGCACUUGAACCAGGUGGAGGAGCAGGUCCUGGAGAGCAUGGCCUGGAGACAGGACUCCCCUCUGUGGGAGAGCAUGCGCGGGGUCAAGAACAGAGUGCCAGCCUGCGAGGAGGUGAUGCCAUCCCAGAAUUUUGAGAGUCCAGAGGGACCCGGUACCACCAGCACCCCUCUGACCCCCAGCAGGGUGAACGAGAUCCGUGCCGACUGUGCUGGGAAGGCCGCCUCCCCAUCUCCCGCGAGUCUGCAUGAGCGCUACAGCUCCCCAGCAGCAGGGACUGCCCGGAGGAAGCUCUUUGUGGACGCUGACAGUAAUCCUGAUUCCGGAGGCCCGGUGAGAGUCUCCCAGCCACCCCUAGUGAACACAGUGCCGAUGCAGAGCAGGGCAGGCGACACCAUCUCCAUCACUGGGCAGACAGUGGUCACCAUGGCGACAGCUACCGUCACUGCCAACAAUGGGCAGACUGUAACAAUACCCGUACAAGGUAUAGCUAACGAGAAUGGAGGAAUCACCUUUAUUCCUGUCCAAGUGAGUGUGAGCGGACAGCCCCAGCCCCUGAGCGCUCAGACCCUGGCCGGCACUCUCAACACGCAGCAGAUCACAGGCUCCACCCUGCAGGUGGCUGGACCGGUGGCCCUGUCUACAGGACAGCAGCAGAAGAAAAGCCAACAGAGCCCGGCCAGCACCAAACCCAGGAGGACCGGCUCCCUGUCGCUCUUCUUCAGGAAGGUUUACCAUUUGGCAAGCGUGCGCCUGAGAGACCUGUGUGCUAAGAUGGAUAUUUCAGACCAUCUGAGGAGAAAGAUCUGGACAUGCUUCGAGUUCUCCCUUGUCCACUGUACGGAGCUCAUGGUGGACCGCCAUUUGGACCAACUGCUUAUGUGCGCUAUAUACGUCAUGACAAAGGUGACAAAGGAGGACAAGUCGUUUCAGAAUAUCAUGAAGUGCUACAGGACUCAGCCUCAGGCCAACAGCAGCGUGUACAGAAGCGUGUUGAUAAAGGGACGAAGGAGACGGAACUCUGGAAGCAGCGAUGGCAGCGUCCGUCAGAACUCCCCGAGCGGGGCCAGCAAGGACAAAACCAGUAGAGACUCGAGCCCCGUCCUCAUGCGCUCCAGCAGCACGCUGCCCGUCCCCCAGCCCAGCAGUGCCCCCCCCACGCCCACCCGCCUCACCGGAGCCAACAGCGACAUAGAGGAGGAGGAGCGAGGCGACCUCAUCCAGUUCUACAACAGCAUCUACAUCAAAGAGAUCCGCGAGUUUGCACUGCGGUACUCCCCCAAUGGCAACAUCACAGCUGGGGCGGAAGUUCCUCCCCUGUCGCCCUACCCCUCUCUGCGCACUGGCUCCCCUCGUCGAGUCCUCCUGUCCCAGCACCACUCUGUCUACAUCUCUCCUCACAAGAACAGAGGCAGCCUGUCUCCCAGGGACAAGAUAUUCUACUACUUCAGCAGCAGCCCCUCCAAGAGGCUGCGAGAGAUCAACAGCAUGAUUAAAACAGGGGAGACCCCAACCAAGAAACGGGGCAUUUCAUUAGAGGACAGCAGGGAGUCUCCGGCGAAGAGGGUGUGCCAGGAGAACCACACUGCCUUGUUCCGCAGGCUGCAGGACGUGGCCAAUGACAGAGGCUCACAGUAACGCGCUGCAGGGUGUAUUGCUGCCUCCAGGUUUGUGUCUGUAUAUAGACAUGCAUAAGAUGCCAUGGCACCUGCUAGCUGUUUGUAUUGCUGUCAAGAGCUAUGAAUAGCAAUCCAGAUUUGAAUCUCUCUGGUAACAUUGAAAUUCCCAUGGCAGUAGUAGCAGAGUUCUAAUAAUCAGCCAGCAGGUGGUGCUUUGUUCAAACAAAAAUAUUUCCACCACCUUUGUGAUAAUAGUUAUUUUCAUUUGGCCUGCAGUACUGACAAAGCUGUGCGUCAUCACUUAGGGUAUCUUAGUAAAGUAAUAACAAAUAAAUAAAUUUAUAUAUAUAUAUAUAUAUAUAUAUAUAUAUAUAUAUAUAUAUAUAUAUAUAUAUAUAUAUAUAUAUAUACACACACACACACACACACACACAGAGCUCUGGAAAAAAUUGAGACUUAAUUAUUAAGAGCUUUUUAAGAGCUUUUUUUCUUUGCAUUAUUCUAGGUCUGACAACACUGCAUCUUUUUUGUUAUUUUGACCAGUUGUCAUUUUCUGCAAAUAAAUGCUCUAAACAACAAUAUUUUUAUUUGGAAUUUGGGGGAAAUGUUGUCAGUAGUUUAUAGAAUAAAACAAAAAUGUUCAUUUUACCCAAACACAUACCUAUAAAUAGCAAAACCAGAGAAACUGAUAAUUUUGCAGUGGUCUCUUAAUUUUUUCCAGAGCUAUAUAUAUAUAUAUAUAUAUAUAUAUAUAUAUAUAUAUAUAUAUAUAAACAUUACACACACAGAAUAUCUGAAAGCAAAUGCAUUAAUUUUCCAGACUACAUAUGACCAGGUUUAAAGUGAAGACACAAAAUCUUGCAAGCGAGACAUUUCACUUUGACAAGAGGAUUACUAUUAAAUGGAUAUUUUUCUACUUUUAGAAGAUUUUAACACAAGUUGGGAAACUAAGAAAAUCACAUACAGUUGCCUUAAUAUUUUUUCUAGAUUUGUAGGUGCUCCAUAUGGCUACAUUUGUUGUUGUUUAAAACACCAUGCAUUGAUAUAGCAUAAGUGAUAUUAAAAGAACUAAAAAAGAUUACUGUAUAGGGAUAAGUUAUAUAAAUACAUCUUUUUCAGAGUAGAAAACAACACGUUAAUGCGGGGUGGGAUGGUAUGCUAAAUAUAAAACUGUAUAUUAAAAAUUGUACCAGGUCUCAAGAUGCUGUUAUUUCCACUCUUAUUUUUCAUAGCAAUAAAGUUCCCAUGCCGAGUAAGUUGAGGAAUGUGGUCCUGGGUGAUUUAUGACCCCUGGUGUGUGUACAUUGCAGGGCAUAACACUUUAAAUACAGAAUAUUAAAAGCACAUUACUGAACCCAAGACUUCACAUGCACCAAAAUUCAAAGUGAGCUCAAUAUGCAGACUUUAGCAUUAACAAAAUCUUUGACUUAGUGCACAGGACUUACUGACAUUUAAAAAAAAAAAAAAAAAAAAAAAAAAAAAAACACAACACACACCACACACAUUACAGUAGGUCUAGAUUUGCACAAUUUUGUAUUUAAAAUGCGCUUUGAUAUAUAUAAGUAUAUAUCAUAUGUAAAUAAUUAAUUUAUAGUAAUUGCUGUACAAUUAAUAUUUUGUAAAAUGCCCUUGUCAAUUAUACCUAUUGUAUGUUUGUGUGAAACGGGAUUUAUUUGAGAUGCAUGUUAUAUUUUGUCAUUCAUAUUGAAAAUAGAAACAUUGGUUAUAAAAUGGUUGCAGCUUUUUGCUUUUUCUAUUUAGUACAAUACUGUGUAAAAGGAAACCUUUUCACAAUAAAUACAAAAAAAUAAGGGGAACCUUUA